GUGACUGUUAACCUUCUGACUGCCUGCUUGGGAGAAUUGCUGCAAUCCCGGCAGAUAGAUAUUUGAUCCCAUCUGAUUGGGAAUAUUUGUAUUGAUUCUCAGCGCGCUACUUUGCGUUAGAGAAACUUCUGACUGUAUAGCACAGGCUGUACCGUUUGAGAACCGUUUGUAUUGAGCACAGAGUUUGUGUUUUGAUAUAAUAUAAUACGAGUAUCUCAAAGACGCGUUGUGAGCUAUACAGAGGAACUUGGUCUGGUUUAAUCGAAUAAGUUUUGGGUUCGUCAGUCCGUUGUUCCAACCGAAUAUUGGCUGUUCGGUCGUUACAAAUUGGUUAGGGAUUCUAGAUAUAGUCCGAAACUUUUAUUCAUGUAUAUAAAAAGGCAAACUCAGAGAAGCAAUGGAAUUCCAUCAAUUUUGAUACAAGAAUAUCCGUUAAUCAUGGCAAGAAACGAUGCCGAAAAAGCUGAAGCUUUAACGGAAUAUUUCAGUAAAGUGUUUUCUAUCGGUAAUGAGGAACGACCAACGAUUAAUUGUGAUCGCGGCGGCUCGCUGAUAGACCCUGUGGUCAUUGAGCAACGUACUGUUUUAAGGGGCGAGACUCUAAUUUAAGGACGAGCCAAUCAGAAGCGUUUGAGCAAUUUCAAGGUCACGGAGCCAAGUUCAACACCUGAUGCUGACAUAGGAUCGCUUUACAGCGGAUUUUAGAGAAGAGGUUAUUAAUGAGAGGCUACAAGAGAUGGGACUAUUGAGAAGUUCUUGUACGUGCGAAUGCGGUUGUCAAAUGACUGGAGCUAAGUGUCCAGAACACCGUGGUGAGAUUGUGUUUCGUUGUCCUUCAUGUUGGGAAAAAAAGUCUGCUCGAACGGUGACUUUCUUCGCUCGAUCGCGUCUGUCACUAAGGCAAAUUAUGAUAAUAGUGGCAAACUGGGUAAUAAAGACACCAGUAACACUGGCUGCGGCGUUUGGAGAUGUUACUGAAACUUCAGCAGUCCAGUGGUAUGAGUACAGUCGUGACAUCUGUGCAAGUAAAAUGACACCCCUACGCCUAUCAUUCGGAGGAGUAGGAUGUAUUGUGCAGAUAGAUGAAACAGUAGUGAGAAAGCGAAAAUACAACAGGGGACGUAGUAUCGAGGAAGAAUGGGUACUUGGAAUUUAUGACCGAUCAACACAAAAGGGACAUUUUCAGAAAGUCAGAAACCGGCAAGCGAACACAAUCAUACCAAUUAUACAGGAAUACGUACAACUGGGCACAACAAUAUAUACGGAUGAUUGGCGAGGCUAUAGGUGCCUACAUAGACUUGGAUAUGUGCAUCAUGUUGUAGUGCACAAGCGCCAUUUCGUCGAUCCUACAACCGGCGUACAUACUAAUAAUAUUGGAGCUAUGUGGUCGAGACUGAAAGAAUUUUUAAGACCAUACCACGGCUCAAGAGGACGACUGUUAUGGAGCCACAUGGACGAGUUUUUAUACCGCAUGCAUUAUGAUUUCAGGACUUCUGAACCGUUAUCGAACCUCCACAAGUUUUUAAAUAAUGUAAAAGAAGACUAUUCACUGUAAUUCAUUACUUUCUUAUAAUAUAUUUUCACUCUA